CCUCUUUCAGGACACGGCGGUGGAGGGGCAGGGGGUCAGCAGGGCCCGUCCGACAAGGAGCUGUGGAGCUGCUGACUCAGGAUGUCGACAUUCAGGCUGGGUGACCACGUGUGGCUGGACUCUCCCCCCACCAACAAGAUCGGCGUGGCCAUCGGAGGCGUCAUCAAAGAAACGAAGCCAGGCAAGAUCUUGGUUGAAGAUGACGAGGGCAAGGAACACUGGAUCCGAGCAGAGCAGCUGGGGGUCCUCAGUACCAUGCACCCCACCUCCGUCCAGGGUGUGGAGGACAUGAUCCGCUUGGGGGACCUCAAUGAGGCGGGCAUGGUGCACAACCUGCUGAUCCGCUACCAGCAGCACAAGAUCUAUACCUAUACAGGCUCCAUCCUGGUGGCCGUGAACCCAUUCCAGGUGCUGCCCCUCUACACGCUGGAGCAGGUGCAGCUCUACUACAACCGCCACGUGGGUGAGCUGCCUCCUCAUGUCUUCGCCAUUGCCAACAGCUGCUACUUCAACAUGAAGAAGAACAAGCGGGACCAGGGCUGUGUCAUCAGCGGUGAGUCUGGGGCUGGGAAGACUGAGACCACCAAGCUCAUUCUGCAGUUCCUGGCCACCGUCAGCGGCCAGCAUUCGUGGAUUGAGCAGCAGGUCCUGGAGGCCAACCCCAUCCUGGAAGCCUUCGGCAACGCCAAGACGAUCCGCAACGACAACUCGAGCCGCUUCGGGAAGUACAUCGACAUCUACUUCAACCCCAGCGGGGUCAUCGAGGGUGCGCGCAUCGAGCAGUUCCUGCUGGAGAAGUCCCGCGUCUGCCGCCAGGCUGCGGAAGAGCGGAAUUAUCACAUCUUCUACUACAUGUUGAUGGGCAUGAGCGCCGAGGAGAAGCAGCUGCUUGGCCUGGGGACCCCCUCCGAGUACCACUACCUGACCAUGGGGAACUGCACCUCCUGUGAGGGGCUUGACGACGCCAAGGACUACGCCCAUGUCCGCUCGGCCAUGAAGAUCCUCCAGUUCUCUGACUCUGAGAACUGGGAUGUGAGCAAGCUGCUGGCAGCCAUUCUCCACCUGGGGAACGUGGAGUUCAUGGCUGCGGUUUUUGAGAACCUGGAUUCCUCCGAUGUGAUGGACACACCCGCCUUCCCAAUCGUGAUGAAGCUACUGGAGGUGCAGCACCAGGCGCUCCGGGACUGCCUGAUCAAGCAUACCAUCCUCAUCCGGGGUGAGUACGUCACCAGGCCCCUGAACAUCGCCCAGGCUGCAGACCGGAGGGACGCCUUUGUCAAGGGUAUCUACGGGCACCUCUUCCUGUGGAUCGUCAAGAAGAUCAAUGCUACAAUCUAUACCCCUCCCUCCCAGGACCCCAAGAAUGUUCGGAGGGCCAUUGGCCUCCUGGACAUAUUUGGCUUUGAAAAUUUCCACAACAACAGCUUCGAGCAACUCUGCAUCAACUUCGCCAACGAGCACCUGCAACAGUUCUUUGUGCAGCACGUGUUCAGCAUGGAGCAGGAGGAGUACCGCUCAGAAAACAUCGCCUGGGACUACAUCCACUACACUGACAACAGGCCCACCCUGGACCUGCUAGCCCUCAAGCCCAUGAGCGUCAUCUCCCUGCUGGAUGAAGAGAGCCGCUUCCCCCAGGGGACAGAUAUGACCAUGCUGCAGAAACUGAACAGCGUCCACGCCAACAACAAGGGCUUCCUGCAGCCCAAGAACAUCCACGAUGCCAGGUUCGGCAUUGCCCACUUCGCCGGCGAGGUGUACUACCAGGCUGAAGGCUUCCUGGAGAAGAACCGAGAUGUGCUGAGUACAGAUAUCCUCACCCUGGUUUACUCCUCCAAAAACAAGUUCCUGCGGGAGAUGUUCAACCUGGAGUCAGCCGAGACCAAGCGGGGCCAGGGCACCAUCCGCCAGGCAAAGGCCGGGAGCCAGUUCUUCAAGUCUGCAGAUUCCACCAAGCGGCCCUCCACCCUAGCAGGCCAGUUCAAGCAGUCCCUGGAGCAGCUGAUGAAAAUCCUCACCAGCUGCCAGCCCUACUUCAUCCGCUGCAUCAAGCCCAACCAGUACAAGAAGCCGCUGCUCUUCGACCGCGAGCUGUGCCUGCAGCAGCUGCGCUACUCCGGCAUGAUGGAGACCGUGCGCAUCCGCAAGUCGGGCUUCCCCAUCCGCUACACCUUCGAGGAGUUCUCGCAGAGGUUUUGCGUGCUGCUGCCCAGCGCAGAGCGGGUGCAGCUGAAAGACAAGUUCCGCCAGAUGACCCUGCACAUCGCUGAAACGUGGCUGGGGACAGACAAGGACUGGAAAGUGGGAAAGACCAAGAUUUUUCUGAAGGACCACCAGGACGCGCUGCUGGAAAUACAGAGGGGCCAGGCCCUGGAUCGAGCAGCCAUGACCAUCCAGAGAGUCGUACGAGGCUACAGACACAGAAAGGAGUUCCUGAGGCAGAGGCAGGCAGCGGUGACGCUCCAGGCUGGGUGGAGGGGCUACCACAGCAGAAGGAAUUUCAAGCUGAUCCUCCUGGGUUUUGAGCGCCUGCAGGCCAUCACUCGCAGCCACCUGCUAGCCAGGCAGUUCCAGGCCUUGCGGCAGAAGAUGGUACAGCUGCAGGCCCGGUGCAGGGGCUACCUGGUGCGCCAGCAAGUCCAGGCCAAGAAGAGGGCGGUGGUCAUCAUCCAGGCACACGCCAGGGGUAUGGCUGCCCGGCGGAGCUUCCAGCGUAAGAAGGCCAAGGGCCCUGUGGUCAUCCCAGCUGAUAAACCUAAGAACCGAAGCGAUCCCCCUGCCAAGAAGCGCGAAUCCAUCUACGACACGAUCACCGACACGGAGAUGGUGGAACGAGUGUUUGGUUUCCUCCCUGCCAUGAUCGGGGGCCAGGAGGGCCAGGCCCCACCACGCUUCGAGGACCUGGAAUCAAAGACCCAGACCCAGCAGCUGCCUGAGAUUGAUCUGGACGCGGUCCCCAUGGUGGAGGAGCCAGAGGAGGACAUGGAUGUCCUGGCCGAGUACACCUUCCCCAAGUUCGCGGCCACGUACUUCCAGAAAUCGGCUAGCCACACGCACAUCCAGCGGCCACUCCGCUACCCACUGCUCUACCAUGAGAACAGUGCCGACUGCCAGGCAGCACUGGCCGUGUGGAACAUCAUCCUGAGGUUCAUGGGCGACCUUCCAGAACCCGUGCUCUAUGCCAGGAACAGCCUAGGUGGCGACUCUGUGAUGCGGCAGAUCCAUGACACGCUGCGGGGGGCCAGCAGUGCCCGGGGUUCAUCGCCUGCUGGGUCCUCACAGCGGACGGGCCACAGGGACAAAGGGACCAAAGACAUUUCCUCCAUGAAGCUGAAGCGGUCCUCCCGGAUCACGAGCCAGGUUGCCAGUCGUCUGAGUAUCGGGGAAGAGGACUUCAACCCUGACGGCCCCAUCUCGGACAGACCCAUGUCCAACCUGGAGAAGGUGCACUUCAUCGUGGGCUACGCCAUUCUGAAACCUAGCCUGAGGGACGAGAUUUACUGCCAGAUCUGCAAGCAGCUCUCAGGGGACGUCAGAAAGAGCAGCCUGGCUCGGGGCUGGAUCCUGCUGAGCCUCUGCCUGGGCUGCUUCCCGCCCUCGGAGAGGUUCAUGAAGUAUCUGCUGAAUUUCAUUGGUCAAGGGCCUGUGGGCUACGGGCCCUUCUGUGCUGAGCGCCUGAGACGCACCUGUGCCAAUGGAGUGCGCAUGGAGCCCCCCACUUACCUGGAGCUGCAGGCUGUCAAGUCCAAGAAGCACAUCCCGAUCCAAGUCAUCCUGGCUACCGGAGAGAGUCUGCCGGUCAUGGUCGACUCGGCCUCCACUUCCCGGGAGAUCUGCCUGCACAUCGCCCGCAAGCAGGACCUCAGCGACCACCUGGGCUUCUCCCUCCAGGUCGCCGUGUAUGACAAGUUCUGGUCCCUGGGCAGUGGACGUGACCAUGUGAUGGAUGCCGUGGCCCAGUGUGAGCAGCUGGCCAGGGAGAGGGGUGAGAGCCAGCGCCAAUCACCCUGGCGCAUCUACUUCCGCAAGGAAUUCUUCACGCCCUGGCACGACUCCAAGGAGGACCCAGUCAGCACCAAGCUCAUCUACCGCCAAAUCCUCCAUGGAGUCUGGUCGGGCGAGUAUAGCUUCGAGAAGGAGGAAGAGCUGGUGGAGCUGCUGGCCCGACACUGCUAUGUGCAGCUUGGUGCCUCCGCAGGGAGCAAGGCCAUCCAGGAACUGCUGCCCAGCUGUGUGCCCCCCAGGCUGUACAGGAGCAAGCCCCCGGAGAGGUGGGCCAGUCUCGUCACUGCUGCUCAGGCCAAGGGUCCACCCCAUACCCAACAGGUGCAAGCCACCACACCUCAGGACGUGCGGGAGCAGGUGGUGGACGGUGCCCGUCUGCGGUGGCCACUGCUCUUCUCCCGGCUCUUUGAAGUCAGCACACUCUCUGGCCCCCGUCUCCCCAAGACACAGCUGAUCUUGGCCAUCAACUGGCAGGGGUUGUACUUCCUGGACCAGCGUGAGAAGACGCUGCUGGAGCUCUCCUUCCCUGAGGUCAUGAGUCUGGUCACCAACAGGGAGGCCCAAGGCGGGCAGAGGCUGCUGCUGGCCACGUUGCAUGAUGAGUUCGAGUUCAUGUCCCCCAGCAGCGUGGCCAUCGCCGAACUGGUGGCCUUGUUCCUGGAGGGCCUCAAAGAGAGAUCCGUGUUCGCCAUGGCCCUGCAGGACAGGAAGGCCACAGAUGAUGCCACCCUCUUGCCCUUCAAGAAGGGGGAUUUGUUGAUCCUGACCAAGAAGCAGGGGCUUCUGGCCUCUGAGAACUGGACGCUGGGCCAGAAUGACAGGACCGGCAAGACGGGGCUGGUGCCCACAGCCUGCCUCUACGCCAUCCCGACGCUCACCAAGCCCUCAGCACAGCUGCUGAGCUUGUUGGCCAUGUCACCAGAGAAGCGGAAGCUGGUGGCCCGGGAGGCACAGCCCACGGAGCCCCCACCUGAGGAGCAGUCCCAGGAGGAGCCGCACACCCUGGAGGAGUUCUCCCUGGAGGCUUUCAGGGCCCCAGAGAAGGAGACGAUCAGCAGGGCCAUGCCAUCCCUGUCCCGCACCCGGGGCCACCUGUGGGCCUACUCUGCUGAGCCGCUGCGGCAGCCGCUGCUCAAGCGAGUGCACGCCAACGUCGACCUCCGGGACGCCGCCUGCCAGAUCUUCCUCGCCAUCCUCAAGUAUAUGGGUGACUACCCGUCCCGGCAGGCCUGGGCCACGCUGGCACUCACCGAUCAGAUCUUCUCGCUGGCCCUGGAGGACUCGGCCUUGCAGGAUGAGGUCUACUGCCAGAUCCUGAAACAGCUCACCCGUAACUCCAAUAGGUACAGCGAGGAGCGAGGCUGGCAACUGCUGUGGCUCUGCACGGGUCUCUUCCCGCCCAGCAAGGCGCUGCUGCCCCACGCCCAGAAGUUCAUAGACACGCGGAGGAAGAAGCCGCUGGCGCUCGGCUGCAGCCGCCGCCUGCAGAGAGUCCUGAGGACAGGGCCCCGGAAGCAGCCGCCACACGAGGUGGAGGUGGAGGCGGCAGAGCAGAAAGUCUCCCGCAUCUGUCACAAGGUCUUCUUCCCCAAUGACACGAGCGAGAUGCUGGAGGUGGGUAGCGGCAGCCGCGUGCGAGACGUGUGUGAAGGCAUUGCCACCCGGCUGCAGCUGGCCUCCUGGGAGGGCUGCAGCCUCUUCAUCAAGAUCACAGACAAGGUGAUCAGCCUGAAAGAGGCAGACUUCUUCUUCGACUCCCUGAGGCAAAUGUCAGACUGGGUGAAGCGACACAGGCCCCAGAAGGAAGGGGCCCCCCUGACACUCCCAUACCAGGUGUAUUUCAUGCGGAAACUGUGGAUCAACGUGGUCCCAGGCAAAGAUUUGAACGCGGACACCAUACUGCAUUAUCACCAGGAGCUGCCCAAGUACCUGCGUGGGUUCCACAAAUGUUCGCGGGAGGAUGCCAUCCAUCUGGCAGGCCUCAUCUACAAGGCCCAGUUUGACAAUGACCAGUCCCAGCUGGCCAGUGUCCCCAAGAUCCUCAGGGAGCUGGUGCCUGCCAACCUCACUCGCCUGAUGUCCACGGAGGAAUGGAAAAAGAGCCUCCUUCUGGCCUGUGACAAGCACAGAGACAAGACAGUGCAGGAGGCCAAGGUGGCUUUCCUCAAGUGGAUCUGCCGCUGGCCCACCUUUGGGUCCGCCUUCUUUGAGGUGAAGCAAACCUCGGAGCCCUCCUAUCCGGACAUCAUUCUCAUUGCCAUCAACCGACACGGGGUUCUGCUCAUCCACCCCAAGACCAAGGAGCUGCUCACCACCUACCCUUUCACCAAGAUCUCCAGCUGGAGCAGUGGCAGCACCUACUUCCAUAUGGUGCUGGGGAGCCUGGGCCGGGGCAGCCGCCUGCUGUGCGAGACCUCUCUGGGCUACAAGAUGGACGACCUGAUGACCUCAUACGUGCAGCAGCUCCUGAGUGCUGUAAACAGACAGCGGGCCCCCGGGACCCCAGCCCCGGACAACCCCUAACAGGGAUGC